UGCUCCCCUGCGGAGGUGCAUGAUAAGGUGAACAGGAGCAGCAACAGGACUUCCGCCCCUUCAUAGUCGUUGUUGUCUUUGGAAUCCAUGUCAGGCGUUGCAUGAUCAGUCUCCCCGGGCUGCUGUUGCCUCCCUGUGCACCUCGCUCCCUUGUUGAUUUCUCGGAACCAUGGUUCUGGUUUCCUUGCUCGCUCCACUCCGUGGUGGCAUCUGUUGAGAAGGAGGUCCAGAGAUGAACCGGUGAGAAGAUCAAGCAAGAUUCAACUAAAAGACAGACAGGAGAGGCACAAGCUUUUGAGAGGUUGCUCGAUCUCAUGGAUUGGCACCUCAAGAUACCUCCAUGGAACCCGGAAGAACUGGGCCGGGACGCCGAACUGAGCGUAGGUUCGGCGGCGGUCGGGUCGAACAGCGGUUGCUUCGGGUUGCCAGACAAGUCGAACGACCAAGCUGUUGCAUCGACGACGACGGCGGCGGCGUCUCCAUCUGGUCCAACGAAGAGGGCGCGAGCGCGAUCGCGAUCGCCGGCAAAUGGCGCGUCGUGCUCGGUCGAUGGGUGCACGGCAGAUCUUAGUAAGUGCAGGGAGUAUCACCGGCGUCAUAAGGUCUGCGAGGCGCACUCCAAGACGCCGGUGGUGGUGGUCCGCGGUCAGGAGCAGCGCUUCUGCCAGCAAUGCAGCAGGUUUCAUCUGCUACAAGAAUUCGAUGAGGUAAAGCGAAGCUGUAGGAGACGCCUUGAUGGGCAUAACAAGCGUCGAAGGAAGUCCCAACCAGAUUCUACAAACUCGGGAAGAUUGUUCUCAGAUCGCCAAGGAGGGGUUUCUACAUACCCUCUGGUAUAUCCAACUACUGCAGCAGAGUCAAACUGGGCUGGAGAUGUGAGAAGAACUGAGAAGAGAACUCCUCCACAACUCAUCAGCCACCAUAACUUUUCCAUCUCUUACAGCUUUGGCGGAGAGAGAAAGCAGCUGCAUAUCUUUCAGGAUGGUGAAACUGGGAACAAUGCCACUCAAAGUCAGCUGAAUCUUUGUGCAGUCACUCCCUACGAUGGCAGGAGCAGCGGCAGCAGGAUGUUCGAUUGUGCUCUCUCUCUUCUGUCAUCUGCGACUUCGGAUGUCAACCUGAGUCAUAUGGUGCCACUAUCUGAUACGAUCUCCAUGGUUCAAUAUGGUGGUUUCAUGCAGCACACCCUCUCGCAGGCAGAGAGUGAUGUAGGAACACCAACUGGAUGCAGUAUGGGGAAGAAUGCUGAGAUUAACUGCCACAGCAAGUUUCAGGUUGAAGGUGAAGAUUGCUUGGAUGGCAACAGCCAAAGUCUUCCCUCCUAUUGGCCUUAGUGCUUAUUUCUUUUCUGACACGAAGAAUUUUCAGUGAUCCAUAGUUCUCUUGUUCUGUUUUCUUCGUGAUAAUGCAGAUGGAAAUGCACUAUCUUGAGAAAAAGCUUGAACAAAAUGUGUAUAGAACUUGUCAGAUAAAAUCUUUCAAACUCGUAGACUAUCUUAUCUGCA